GACGGGGAACCAGACCAAUGUCAUAUAUGUUUGUAAUCAUGGCGUCGUUGCUGCCAACGGACGGACUUUUGCUGGAUGUUAGCGCCCAAGCACCGUCUCCGUCCAAAGAUUUCAACCAGUUUAUGAUCAACAAUAAAGAGGUAGUUUGGAGGACAUGGAAGAUUACACUUCGUAAUGACUACCGUCGACUGGCGCCAGGAGAAAUGAAAGAAUCUCAUGAAGACUUCACAUUUGAUGAUCGCAUGCAAUUUGACGUCGGUCGGGUAUUCGGCGAGACAACACUGGAGUAUGCCAAGGAGCUGUGCAAGGGAAACAUCGACUACUUGGUACGGAUGCCCCGCCCGCUGCUCAUCUACAUGGUCUCAUACUUGGAGUUGGAGGACAUCGCGGCGCUGUCCCAGACAUGCAAGCUGAUGUACGAAAUUUGCAACACUGAAGCAUUAUGGGAGCAGAUAUACGAGACGCACUGCGACACGGUGACAGACGAGAUGCGAUCACUGGCCCACGAGAUGGGUUGGAAGCGAAUGUUCUUCACCAAUAAGCUUCAACUGCAGGUCAAGCUGAGAAGACACCAGAAGAAGCAGGAAUCGCCGGACGGUGGAACAACAUUCCUGACAGACUCGUAAGUCGACAGAAGACGAAGCAGAUCUCUGAUUCCAUCUUAUAACAUAUUCAGGCAAAAAGAUAUUCCAUUCUAAAACAAUCAGGGAUUUUAUGGGCGGGCAGAUACUGGGUUUUUUUGGGGGGGGGUGUGAUUUUGGUGAUUAGUGUGUUAGGUAAAUUACUAGAGGACCAAUGUUUAUAGUAUAGGUUACAGUAAGCAUAACAUUUCUGCUUACUGUAAGCUUGAAGUUUUGGGGUAAGCAAUGUGUACAAAGCUUGCAUACUUGUUACCAUCAGGGAUUCUUUGAUAAGCAAGUUUGCAGAAACUACAGAAUUGAUGCGUUAAGGCGGAGUUAGAGGGCAGUGGUUUUAUAUCGCGUGGAUAGGCAUGCGUAAGCCUUGUGCGAGUUCAUCGUAACGCCCUCUGUGAUACCUGCAAUGCAUGUGUUCUAUUUGUGAGAUACUUGUAAUGCAUGUGUUCUACAGUGUGCCCAAGAAAAGUGUCCGCCUAAAUAUUUUUGAAAUGUAACAAAACCACGAAGUAAAUUUUGGACAUUUUUAGUUGUGCAGAUACUCCUAAUCCUUGGCCUCUUAUCAGUCUUUAAAGUAUGUUUUUUGUAAGAUGGGAAUUUUAUCCAAAUAGUAUUUUGGGGGAGAAUUUUUAAAUGGUCAGGACACCAGCUUUGCAUGUAACCCUUUGGCUCUUAAUAACUAAAGUUUCUUUUUCAUUCAUUUCAUUUAAAAUUAACCAUUCAACUUUCUUUGUUCGGGAUCGGUUUUGUCUAUAUUUAGUAAACUGCUUGCCAAAAUGUAUUCUUUUGUUUCUUGAUUGAGAAGUUAGAAUAUAGUUGUUGAAGUUAGAAUAUAGUUGUUUUUGAUUUUUAAUCAAGGUUUUGGUUCACUUCAACGUAGUUGAAGUCAUUGACUGCCAAGUAAGUUUUACAUGACCCAUAACAUUAAAAGUUUUUGUUGUUCUCGAUGAAAAAAGGUUUUCAAAAAAUGCAUACAAAUCUUUCUAAGUCACAUGAUUUGUAGGAUUGAUUAAGGUGCUGUUUCCUGAAAUAAACGGCAAACAAGUGAUUUUUUAAUAUGUGUUAUAAAUACCGGGAAUCACAGAGGUCUCCGUCCAGUGUUGUGAUCCGUCCAAAUUUACGACAAUUUUGUAAGAAAUCCAGAUUUUUGUAAUGUUUAAUCAAAAAGUGUGAUGUGCAACAUGUUGAUUUAGCUAAUGCAUGCCUGUAAAAAGUUUGCCGUUUUGGAAAUUUGCAGUAUUUUAAAAUCAAAGUCCGUGCAUAUUUCAUCUUUUAGUUUAAUUUACAUUAUAAUACUUAAUCUUUUGAUUUACUACACCUAUUUCAGUCUGGCGUUGUCGCUUUGACGCAAAUACAUUUUGGUUUCAAAAUUUUCACUGUGUACUGAUUUUCCAUUGAUGAAACUCUAGAGGCAUAUAGAAUGAUUGCAACAGUCGAUCUUCUGAAGUAAUUCUGAACCGUUUCAAAAAUUGAACUGUUCAUGUACUUCAUUCAGAUCUGAAGAAUAAUUGGAAAUCACAAAACGGUACGCCCUAUUUCUUUGCAUGUUCCACCUUUAAAAUCUUGCAUGAGUUAGAGGCCAUGUUGAAUGUGCCUUAGGUUUUUCAAGUAUUAUACAUUGUAUUGUGCAAAUGUAUCGUUUGAAAUUUCUGAAAUAAAAACUGUUUGUGAUUUUAUCAUUCAGAAA